AUGAGUGAUACCACGGACCUGGAACAGUUUCGCCAAGCAUGGCGAGAAGAGGUCAACGCGAAGGCCAGAAAGACAGAGAUCAAGCCCGGCUCUCCUUCUGUCCCUUCAAAAGCAAGACUUACCAGCACUGCCAAAUCAAACUUGUUGACAGCCAACCUACCAGCUCGCCACCCGGUCGCCGAUGUCAAGGACGACUCGGACUUUGACAGUGGUCCGGAAUCCACGUCCAACAAGCUGACCGAGAAACUCGACAGACUUCAACUUGAUGAUGCCGACCAGGACGAGUUUACUGCACAAUCAGACAAGGCUCCGGAAACUGCCCUUGAGCAUUUCGAACGGGCUGUCCAGAAGGAAGGGCAGGGCAAUCUGGGAGAUAGCUUAACUCAUUACCGGAAAGCAUACAAGCUUGACGCCAAGGUCGACCAGAAAUACAAGGAAAAGCACUACUCACAUCGCUGGAAGCAGACCAACCCCAAUCCAUCCAAUGCGUCACCCACAGUCCCUAACCCAGCACAUCACUCGUCAGAUGCCGCCGGUGAGGUCCUCUCGACUCAACAACUCAUCGAGAGCUUUGCCGGCAUUCCAAUUGAAGGCGCUCCACCUGUUAUUGAGCGCGACGUACCGCCUCCAUGCCCAAUUCAGAAGCUGCCCGCUGAGCUACUGGUGUACAUGCUACAGGUCGUCGGCUCAAAAGACCCAGCCUUACUCGCUCGUCUUGCUCCAGUGUGCAAAAGCCUAGCAUAUCACAUCUUUACCGAGAACUCCAUCUGGAAGCAUAUCGCUCUAGGCUCCAACUUCGGCUUCAAGUCUCAGCAACACAACUUCGUCACUGAUGUGCAAGGCCGAGACUUAAUCUACAGCACCAUUGCAGGGGAGGACAAUCCGAGUCAAUAUGCGACCCUGUCGGAGCACGACUUUCCCCGAGACGUUGACUGGCGGGAUGUCUUCCAGCAACAUCCACGCAUACGCUUCUCGGGCGCUAUAUCUCAACAGUGA